GUCAACGUUCGUGAGACUUGAAAAGACCCGAGAUUCCAAAUUCCCCUGGCCACCUGCAAAGACCCAAAAAAGAUCUCUCUGCUCACGGGAAAAUGCAACGGACACCCUUUCAGCCGCCUCAGAAAUCCCCCGAACUCUUCCAUCCCCGACCUCAGCACAUCUCACAGGUACCCAACCUGCGGUCACCGCCUCCUCCGGUGUCCCAGCAAGGUUCGCAACCUCAGAUGAAUAGCUAUGGCAACCCUUACCAGUCUCCUCCGGCAGCUGGCGGCGGGGGCGCCGGUGGAGCAGGAGCAGGAGGAUUCGGGCAGAACUUCAACUUCAUAAAUGAUCCGACUGCGCAGAUGUCGUUUCAAGUCGGCCAACAUGCGAUGAAGGCCGGUCAAGAAUACAUGGAGCAAAACUUGAACCGGUACAUUUCCAUAUCCGCGUUGAAACACUACUUCAACGUGUCGAACUCGUACGUCGUCCGAAAGUUGAUCCUCGUCCUCUUUCCGUGGCGCCACAAACCAUGGACUCGACAACAAGCAAGGAUGACCACCUCCUCCACGGCGGCAGACGGCACCAUGACCCAACAGUCCUACUCGUUCAAUUACCUCCCUCCCCGCGACGACCUCAACUCUCCAGACAUGUACAUUCCGAUCAUGGCGUUAAUAACCUACAUUCUGCUCUCGACCGUUUUGGCGGGCAUAAGAGGAUCCUUCCAUCCCGAACUAUUGGGCAGCAUCACGAGCACGGCGAUUGCGGUCAUCUUUUUCGAGAUCAUCGUUCUCAAGUUAGCCAUGUACAUGCUCAGCAUCAGCAACGAUUCUCAACUACUCGACUUGAUGGCGUAUUCUGGUUACAAGUUUGUCGGGGUGAUAGUCACCUUGUUCUUCAGCGAAGUCUUGACCGGAGGAAGUGGAACGAACAACUGGGUCGGUUGGACACUGUUCUUGUACACAUGGUACGCGAACGCAUUCUUUUUGCUUCGGUCUUUAAAGUACGUUCUCCUACCGGAUAGCUCUGGAGAUCCUUCGGCCAUGCGUGGUGGGAGUUCAUAUACCGUGGCUCGAGCACAAAAGAACCGAAGGACAUAUUUUUUGGCCCUGUACGCCUUUUUCGUACAAAUGUUGUUCAUGUGGAUUUUGAGCCGUGAAGAGGCUGCCGUCAAGACCGUUGCUAGCAAAUUGAGCGGACCCAAGGUUUAGAUGACGCCUAAACAAAAAAAGAAAUACAAUGACGUUGACGAUACCAUUUGUUAUAAAAGAAUCCGCGACAUUCGUGCGUGAUUCAACAAUUACGUUUCACCCAUGACCAAUU